AACUAAGUUAGUUGGUUACCAGUUAUCAUGGUUGCUAGUUUUAUGUAUAUUUAUAUUUUAUUUAUCUUUGAUAGUGAGUACUGAGUAGUGACAAGUGACAACUUUAGGUAAUAAAUACUUAUGAUAUAAAUUCUACUUAUUAUAGUACUAAUGGUAGUGAAAACUUAAAUAUUCGUGCACUUCAUCGUACACUUCUGUUCGUUUAUUGAAAUGUUGGACUCGCAGGAUGUUAAUCGGCCUGAACUCCUUGAAGAGGUACGGUUAUUCCGUAAUGCUCGAGAACGUGAAAAAUAUGACAAUAUGGCGGAUUUUUAUGCAUUAGUUAAUACACUUCAGCAUUUGGAAAAAGCUUAUAUUCGCGAUUGUGUUACACCAAAAGAAUAUACAGCUGCUUGUAGUAAACUACUUGUGCAAUGCAAAGCUUCAUUUAAACAGAUACAAGGAGAUGAUUUCCCAACUGUAGAAUCGUUUGUAAAAAAAUACAAAUUGGACUGUCCGGCUGCAAUAGAACGUAUUAAAGAAGACCGACCAAUAACCAUUAAAGACGAUAAAGGCAAUACUAGUAAAUGCAUUGCUGACAUUGUGUCUCUAUUUAUUACAAUAAUGGAUAAACUUAGGUUAGACAUUAAAGCAAUGGAUGAACUCCAACCAGAUCUUCGGGACUUGAUGGAUACAAUGAAUCGAUUGAGUAUGUUGCCAGCAGAUUUUGAAGGAAAACAAAAGGUUUCUGAUUGGCUUAGUUCAUUAUCGUCCAUGAAUGCAUCAGAUGAAUUGAAUGAAACUCAAGUGAGGCAGUUGAUUUUUGAUCUGGAAUCGUCUUAUAAUGCAUUUAAUAAACUACUCCAUCAGUCAACUUAGUUGUGAAUUCAAACAUCAAAAUUCUCAAAAAUAGUUGAAAAAUAUGUGAAAGAAUAACGCAAUUUUUUUUUAAUCAAUAAUUGAUAUAAUUUUAUAAGAAUACAAAUCCAUACAAUAAAUUGAUUAUAAAUGUU